AUGAAGAUCAAAUUGUAUCCAGCUGGGACUUUUAGCGGCGUCAUCUACGUUGCUGGUGAAAAGAAUACGACAGGUUGUAUGUUCACAGGCUCAAGUGGAAUUCUGGACUUACAGGACGAAAGCUGUGGUAACGUCACUACUGACACGGCAACCGGUGACCGGUCUAGAAUUGUGAUUGUACAGUACAAUGAUAAAUACAUCACCGAACUUGACACCAAGCUGACGGUUACGUGCCCAGCCGCAGGAGCAGGCACAGUUGACGUCACGGCUACUUUCAGCAGCCAAGACCCGGAUGGAAACAUCAAAGAACAGGCCAUCACCAACACGGCUGACAUCGACUCAUCCGCUGUAAACUUUGAGAUCAAGCUGAAGGAUGGGACUUCUGUAUCCAGUUCAACCAGAGUUCCUUUAAAUGAUCAGCUCACAUUUGAGUUUGCUGUACUUACAUCCAUUAUGACAAAUACUGUACUACUGGUAAGUUCAUCUGUGGACUGUCUGGUAAUAAGGUCACAUAUGGUUGUCUUGAGUACUUACAUCCAUUAUGACAAACACUGUACUACUGUGAGAGUUGAGUCGUGUACGGCGUCUAACGGUAAAUCUGGUGCAGAUGAGGAGACUCUGAAGCUCAUAGAAAACAGCUGCCCGUCGUCGGAGGUGGGCAAACUGAUGGAGCAGGAUCCAACUCCAGACGACGACUUCAAAGUUACAUUUAAGCUGCGGCCAUUCAAGUUCAACAAGAACAACGCUAUAUCUAUAACCUGCACGGUCAAAGUGUGCCCCACGGGAAGCGCGCAGUGUCAGCCAAUGGACUGUAGUACCGGAAAUGGACCGAAUCGGCGUAAACGAAGAUCAACGGAAAUCUCUGACGAAACCCUCAGAAAGACGAUCAUCAUCCAGUUCCCAGAACUUGAGCAGACAAAAGCAUCUGACACUUCGAAGAAAACCUCCGUGAAUGACGUCACAACCCCGCUUGUGGCUGGCGUUGCCAUAGUGAUCAUUCUGCUGCUUGUCAUCUGCAUCGUUGUUUUGUUGUUUGUCAAGAAGAGAAGAUCCAACCGGAAGUCCCAAGACGAGGGUGUCAACAAGCAGACGAUUUAAUCAGCUAUUCCAGAGCAAUCAGAAGCAGCUCUGUCUGUUGUAGCAGACAAUGCUAGUAAAACCAUAUAUGGAUUUAUUUAAAUAACUGCCGUACAUAUAAUAUGUAUUUUACAU